AUGACUACUACUGCUUUCACCACAAAUGAAGAUGCUCAACGUCAAGACGACCAACAUAUUGAGAUUUGGAAGAUGAAGACAUUGGUGCAGAAUUUGGAUGCUGCCAGAGGCAAUGGCACUUCAAUGAUCUCCCUCAUUAUUCCGCCUCGCUCUCAAAUAUCGCAAGUGACAUGCAUGCUGACCAACGAACAGGGCACAGCUUCCAAUAUCAAAUCCCGAGUCAACAGACUUUCUGUGCUCUCUGCCAUCACAUCCACGUUGCAUCGCCUCAAACUGUACACCAAGGUACCUCCCAACGGCCUUGUACUCUACUGCGGCACCAUUGUUACAGACGAAGGCAAGGAGAAGAAGGUCAACAUUGAUUUUGAGCCACACAAACCCAUCAACACGUCGCUGUAUCUCUGCGACAACAAAUUCCACACAGAAGCACUGUCCGAACUGAUCGAAACUGACUCCAAGUUUGGCUUCAUCGUCAUGGAUGGUCAUAGCACGCUAUUUGGUACCUUGGCAGGCAACACAAGAGACAUCGUUCACAAGUUCUCUGUGGAUCUACCCAAGAAACAUGGCCGUGGUGGUCAGUCUGCCCUGCGUUUCUCUCGUCUGCGAGAAGAAAAGCGACAUAAUUACGUGCGCAAAGUAGCUGAACUGGCCAUCCACUUUUUCAUCACCAACGACAAGGUCAAUGUCUCUGGUUUGGUGUUGGCGGGUUCAGCUGAUUUCAAGACAGAGCUCUCCCAAUCUGAACUGUUUGAUCCUCGAUUGCAGGCCAAGGUGAUCAAGGUGGUGGAUGUCUCGUAUGGUGGUGAAAAUGGCUUCAAUCAAGCCAUCAAUUUGGCUGCUGAUUCACUAGCCAAUCUCAAAUUUGUGCAUGAAAAAAAGUUGAUUGGAUCCUACUUUGAUGAAAUCUCGCAAGAUACAGGCAAGUACUGCUUUGGUGUAAGCGAUACACUCAAGGCAUUGGAGCUGGGUGCUGUGGAGAACUUGCUUGUGUGGGAGACGCUGGAGACACCUCGUUACGUGGUGAGAGAUGCCAACAAUGAUGAACAUGUGAUUCAUCCCAGCAAGGAACAGGAAAAGACCAAAGCGUUCCUCAAAGAUCCCUUGGCAGAUGUGAGUGCGGAUAACAACAAGAACGAGAUGUCUGUGGUGGAAGUAAAGCCCUUGGUGGAAUGGUUUACAGAGCACUACAAGGACUUUGGCGCCAACUUGGAGUUUGUUACCAACCGCUCUCAAGAAGGGGCACAGUUUUGUAAGGGAUUUGGUGGCAUUGGCGGCAUUUUGAGAUAUCCUGUCAAUUUUGAGCAACUUGAUUCUGUCGACGACGACGAAUUCGAUUCUGAUUCUGAUUAUUAUUAA